AUUAAAAUAACAUGAUUCCCCCUUCUUGCACCUGACAAACGACACAAGUUUUAACGAGGUGAUUUUGGCAAACGUGAGUCCGAAAACGUGCGGUGGUAAAUUUUCGCGCGUCCGGUUCACGUGUCUGUAGAAACCCACUUCUCCCGUGCGCAGCGGCGCUGUGUUACCCCUCGAGUGACUCCGAAACCUUUUCCCGCCCGGCGUUACGGGUUUGUCUAAACUAUCCCCCGUUGAUUUUCCUUGUGUUAAAAGUAUUUGGGCUUUUUGGCCAACCCGGGAGCUGAGGCAAGCGCUGCGUAUUUCUGCCCGAAGUUUCCUGUUUCUACACGUCCCGUGGAGCGUGAAGGGUUUCAAAAACGUUGCGUAACGGUAAAAAUGGCCGAUUUUGUUCAGCUUGAUUAGGGAAGUGCGAGCAGGUGCGGAGUACAGCAGCGAGCGGGGCUGUUUCCGUGAUAACGCUCUCAUAUUUGGAAAUAACUCAGCCCUUGCUGCAUCCCGCUCAGUCCCGAAUUCCUCACCCGCUUCGUUUGGUUGUGGGGAGUCUCGUGUGGGUGGUGGCCGAGAGGGGGACGAGGUGGGCAGAGCGCCGAGAGCAUCCUAAAUUUAAAUUCCAGCGCACACAGACUCGUCUUGAGUAGUUCUGUGUUAAUUAACGGUAACCAGCAAUUAUUUCUAGGGUGGAAAUUGCACGUGGGGGCGAGCGAAGAGACUGAGCUAACACCCGCUGCAAAAGCAGGACCCUCUGCGCUGGGGCGCGGCCGAGCACGAAUCCGCCCCGUCUCAAAAAUAAAUCGGAAACCGAAUCGGUGCCGGUUUAGCGCACGAAACUUGGGGUGAAACCGGUAGGAAGGGGAGGGGAGCGGCAGAGGUGUCGCUGCCCCUUUAAGGUUUAUUUUGUGAGCGGGUGGGGGGGUCAAUAUGAAACUUUAUUUGAAUAUUUAUGAGACGAUGGUCUGGAGGGGAGCGAGACAAAAGCGCUGCCGGGCGGAGAAGCUGGAAGGCGGCAUGUGGCACGUCCCCCCUCCACCGGCGCCGGCGCCUGGCCGGCAGCGAGCGCGCUGAGGCCGAAGAUGGGAGGAAGGUGUUCGAGCCCGCUGAACGGGAGGCAGCGCAGGUAUCUGAGAGGUCGCGCGGACGCCGCCGUGAAGAACUUCGUGCCCUACUACCGGAGGCAGCUGGCGACUGCGCUUCUGAGACGGGUCUCGGGGGAGCUGGACCCCCAAGGGAAACCGGCGCUGCAGCUCCUGCCGAGCGAGAUGUCCGUGUCCAGCUGCCUCUCGCUGUUUUCCGGCUCUUCUCUCCUGCGUCCGCAGCUCCGGGGGCCGCCCGACGCUGCCCCGCACGAGGGAUUGCUCUCCCAGUACGACGGCGAUUCCCACAGCUGGCAGGAGAAUUACUUCGUUCUGCUCGGAGAUUUUACCCUGCAGUGGUUCGAAAGCGAAGAGGCCCUGAGGAAAGGCUGCGAGCCCAGAGGCUCGACCGCUCUCUCUGGCUACCUGCUGCUGUCUUCGCCGAGCCAAUACGCCGAAUCGCUCGGCGAUCUGUGCCGAGGACUCGCAGGUGGCAGCCCCUUCGCCGACCCGCCGGGAGAGUUUCUCUUUUUCCUCUACCAUCCCUUCCGGAGGCACUUCUGCUUCUGCGCGGACUCGGCGGGAUCGCGGCAGAUCUGGAGCGCCGCUCUUCGGGACGGCAUUCGUUACCGCAGUACGGAGUUGCAGAGGAGGGAUUCUCUGGAAGCGGAGGCGUUCCUCGAGGCUGUGCAGUUUUACAGGCAGGAGAGAGGCCGCUACGGCGCCGGGGAUCUUCUCCUGGGGCCGGAACCCGAGAUCCUCGGAAACGUGCUAAUGGAGGAUUUGCUGCCGGUGCUGCGCUCCCAGGUGCUCCCGAGCAUCGGAGGGUCGGAAAGGAGGCAGCAGCAGCUCUGGCUCCAGUUUCUCCAGGAGGUUUACAGCCUGAUCCUCAGCGAAAUCUCCAGUGAAUUUGAAGGUUUUCAGAAGGAGAAGGAGAAACUACAGAUGGAGCUGGAGAAGAAAAUUCGCCCCGACCUGGAUCAGAUGCUGACUCUGAAGGACCAGUUAGCCAGCAAACUCCAAGCCGUGGUGCGGAGCUCGGCGGAGUCGUGCUGCGGCCGGGAAGUGGAGCCUCACCUGGACUGCGUGAUGGAGGAACUCGUGGGUCCCGUCAGCGCGGGAGUCGAGGCGGUUCGCUCGCUCUUUGCCCAGAGGGUCGAUGAGAUGAUCGGGCUCGUCCGGAGCUCUCCCGUCGCCGUCCUGCAGAACGAGCUUCUGACGCUGGGGAGAGCGGCCUGGCAGCCCGAGGUCAUGCAGCCGUGCUACGAGGAGGCCGACCUGUAUCGGGAGAGCCUGCGAGGGCUGGAGGAGCGGUUCGGCUUCCGCGGCGUGACAAGUCUGGUCCUCAGCGCUCAGAACCUCAUGCAGCAACUGAUGCAGAACGCCACCCACACCUUCCAGCAGCUCUCGCGGCAGCACCUCGGCCGGGCGGCCAGCCGCCACCAGCUCCCCCAAACGCUGGGGAAAGUCAAGGAGCGGGUGCUGAAGAAGUUUGACUACGACAGCAGCUCCGUCCGGAAGCGGUUCGCUCAGGAGUGGCUGCUCCGGAUUUUUCUUCCUUUUCUGCUGAAGCAUUUGGAGUCGGGGUGUAAACUGGAGGUGCCGCAGUACGAGAGCUUGGUGUUCGCCGACUUCAGCGGCAUCAUCAACCUGGAAAACAUUUACGAAGAAGCGGUGCUGGCUGUGCUGCUGCGGGCGGUCGGCAAAGGUGAGGGGGCUGCGCUCCCCAGGGAACGCCGGGCUGGAACGUUCCCCCGUCGGAAUAUUUACAGGCGCCCGGUCGUCGCUGCCGCUUUUCUGUCCGCGGCAGAGAUUUUGGUUUGGGUUUUGUUGGUUUUUUUUUUUUUUUUGAGCCGUUAA